AUGGAUUGCUCUCCCGACCAAGAGGAUCCACUGGAUCUAAGUGGCGGCGCUUUGAAUAGCUGCCCCCCCGCCGGAGUUUCUGAUGGGGUAACACUCGCUCAUCUGCUGAGGAUGAAAGACAGCAUGGCAACCCAGUGUUUUGAAAUGGCAGUUAACCUCAACAUGGGAAGAAACAAGAAGUUCUGUGAUGCCCAGGAUGCAGAAGCACAUUUGUCCAAAUAUGAAGAAGAGAUAGAAGAGGCUCGAGUUUCUCAUUUUAACAAAACACUGGCAUUGAAAAGGAUGCAGAUCUGGAAUGCGCUGUCUGAGAAGCUGACCCAGAGUGACUCAGAUGACAGUUCAGAGGGGUCAUUGAAAGCUCUUGCUGGUCAGAACGUAAUCCUGUGUGAAAAAACAAGAAAAGUUUUGCAGGAAUCCCGAGAACUGCAGGACCAAAUUACAGAGCUGCAGAAGGAGAGACUUGAACUCAAAGGCCUCAUAAAGAAGAGAAUGCAGGAGAUGAGUGAGCUGAAGAGGAUGAAGGAAAACCAGGGCGAACUGCACAAACAGGCUGUGGAAAGAGCCGAGGAGGUUCUGGAAAAACACCAGAAACUCGCCGCAAUAUCCCAGAACGUUCUACGGGGGCUCAUACUAGCCAGCAAGGUGAACUGGAUAGAUGAUCCCAAACUGAAAGACAUUGCAAUGGGCCUGGAAAACCUCCCUAACUGA